AUGCCAGAGUUGAUAACUGAACCAGGCAUCAGUCUAGCGUCUUCUGUUCAAAAAGAAGUUAACCGUGUAAGAAUGUCUACGUCAAAUACUGCUAUACGUGAUGACCCUCUCAGAGAACGCACAGUUAUUCUGACUACUCCCUUCUCAGAUAUUUCUGAGUCUGAAGGUGAAAAUCAAGAACCCGGCCAAGGCUACGAGUCAGAACCUGAGGAAGUCAUGAGCCCCAUUGAAGCUCGAGUAACGUUAAACGAGCAGUUAAUCAAGGCAGGAUAUCUGUUUAAGCGACAAGAGAGGAGAAAUGUUAGAGGAAAGCAUUGGAAAAAACGUUGGUUCGUUUUAAGGUCAUCGAAGUUAGCAUAUUACAAAGAUGAAAAGGAGUACGAGUUAAUUGGUAUCAUUGAUAUGAGCGACGUUGAUACUAUUGCUGAGGUGAAGAAAAAACCAAACGUCUUUGGCAUUAGUACUUCAAAACGUAAAUAUUAUAUGAAAGCGUCAGACCAAAAGGAACUUGAUGAAUGGAUUAAAGAAUUAAAUACAGUCAAAGAUCAAGUUCAAGAUGUUGACGUACCAGAAGAAGAGGAAGAUAAAGGAGACCAAGCAGUUUCAACUUCUCGUUUUCGACGGUUUUUCUUGUAG